CUCAAGAACAUAACUAAAAACCAUCCAUCAAUCUCUGUCUUUCUAUCUCUCUAUCUCCAUCUGUCUCUAACCAAUGUUGUUUGCUUACAUCAUCUUCUCACUUGUUCUUGUUUUCUCAAAUUAAUUAGCAAUAAAAAUAUAAUGUUCGUCAGCUUCUCUCUCCCCUCCCUCCCGCCGGAUACCUGAUCACGUGCUUAUUUUCGCCGGAAAUUCGACCCGUCCGCAAAUGGGUCGUCAAUUCCGCCUACCCCACCUCAGCCUGAACUCCCCACCUCUACCUGAACCCUCAUCUCCAAGGCUCGGCCCGGACCCGAUUCGAUCGUGUCCCCCGUCGGAUCUUGCGUCGCCGUUUGGCAAGCUUGACGGCCUCGACCGCUAUGACUUCCGUGAAGCCGCCUACGAGGUCUUCUUCACGGCCUGCAGGUCUUCACCUGGGUUCGGCGGCCGGAGUGCGCUCACGUACUACAACUCCUCCUCCGACGGUGGAGAGGGAAACGGGUCGACUCCUGGCUCCCCGGUGAGGCCGCCCGGUGUAGGAAUGGCGGUAACUAGCCGGGUGAAGAAUGCGUUGGGGCUGAAAAUGUUGAGGAAGUCUCCAUCCUCAAGGCGGUCCAGCUCAUGUGGGUCGAAUCCGUCGUCCCCGAGCGCGUCUGGAUCCGGGUCCGGGUCGAGCCCGAGGGUGGGUUUCACGGUGCCGCAGGGGGGGAAGCUGAGGCGGCCGUUGACGUCGGCCGAAAUUAUGAGGCAGCAGAUGAACGUGACAGAGCAGAGCGAUAAUAGGCUACGGAAAACUCUGAUGAGGACCCUCGUUGGCCAAAUGGGCAGACGGGCCGAGACGAUAAUCCUUCCCCUUGAGCUGCUGCGCCAUUUGAAGCCGUCUGAAUUCAAUGAUCCUCACGAGUACCAUCUAUGGCAAAAGCGUCAGUUCAGAAUCCUAGAGGCAGGACUACUACUUCACCCGUCUAUUCCACUAGAAAAAUCAGAUGCAUCUGCUGCGAAAUUUAGAGAAAUUAUUGAAUCUAGCGAGAUGAAGCCAAUAGACACGGGGAAGAACUCUGCGGUGAUGAAAACACUAUGUAACUGUGUUGUAGCCCUGGCGUGGCGAAGCCCUGAUGGUGGAACGACCGACGUGUGCCAUUGGGCUGAUGGCAACCCCCUCAACGUCCUAAUCUACACUGCAUUGCUGUCUUCCAUUUUUGACUCAAAGGACGAAACCUUAGUCCUCGAUGAAAUUGACGAGCUGCUAGAGCUUAUGAAGAAGACGUGGUCGACGUUGGGGAUCAAUAGGCCAAUACACAACCUGUGUUUCACUUGGGUGCUUUUCGAGCAGUAUGUGAUGACACAAGAGGUGGAACCGGAUCUUCUUGGUGCGUCCUUUGUGAUGCUGACAGAAGUAGCAACUGAUGCUAAGAAGCCUGACAGAGAGCCUAUUUACAUGAAGAUGUUGGCGAGCGUUUUGAAUGUGAUGAAGAAGUGGUGCGACAAGAGAUUGUUAGACUACCAUAGGAAUUUCAAUAGGGAAACUAUUGGACUAAUGGAAAAUAUGCUUCCUCUGCUUUUCUCAGCUACAAAGAUUUUAGAAGAGGAUGUCCCUUACUAUGUUAACGCACCGCAGGAAAAGGGAGAUGCGGGUGAAGAGCCAACAGGGAAUAGGGUUGAUCUUUAUGUUCGAUCAUCGUUAAGGAAUGCAUUUGCUCAGAUGCUGGAAGAUCUGAACAUCAACGGAACAAAGACCACCGAACCACAAGAAGUGAGUGAGGUGCUAAUUAAAGUGGCUAGAAAGACCGAAGAACUGGGCGUGAAGGAGAGGGACAUUUUCAGUCCUAUUCUGAAGAAAUGGCACCCGGUUGCUGCUGGAGUUGCCGCUGUGACCCUUCACACUUGCUAUGGGACUUUGCUGAAACAAUACCUAACGAGCAAAUCCUCAUUGAAUGAGACAGUCUUGGUAUUGCAGAGGGCUGGGAAGCUUGAGAAGGCUUUGGUACAGCUGGUGGUUGAGGAUUCUGUCGAAUGUGAAGAUGGAGGCAAGAUGAUCGUGAGGGAGAUGGUUCCGUACGAGGUUGAUGCGCUCAUUGUAAGACUAAUGAAACAGUGGAUUCAAGAGAGGCUGCAGAAGGGAAAGGAAUACAUCCUGAGAGCAAAACAAACAGAAACUUGGAAUCCCAAGUCAAAGACGGAGCCAUACGCUCAUUCGGCUGCGGAAAUAGUCAGCUUUGUCAAGGAAGCUCUGGAAAACUUCUUCGAGAUUCCAAUAAGCAUAUCGGAGACUUUAUUUUAUGAUCUCAUUGAUGGCUUGGAGAACGUCUUCGUAGAUUACAUUACCUUUGUUGCAUCAUGUGGAUCAAAACAGAGUUACAUCCCCACGCUUCCACCGCUGACACGAUGCAGCCGGGACUCAAAGUUCUUCAAACUGUGGAAAAAAGCUGCAUGUAACAUUGGAGCAGAAGAUCCGAACCAGAAAGCAGCAAACGAAGGAAACAAUCCACGUCCCUCGACUAGUCGUGGAACACAACGUCUUUACAUUCGUCUCAACACCUUAUAUUACCUCACCGCACAGCUCAACUCCCUCGACAAAGCGUUGUCCAUCUCUCCAAAGGUUACCUCGAUAAAAGGCCGUUUCGCGAACCGAAAGCAGCCAGUUACUUCCUAUUUCGAACAGAGCCUGUCAACAUUACAGAUAGCCUCUCAACAUGUGUCGGAGGUAGCUGCCUACCGUCUGAUAUUCUUGGACUCAAACUCUGUUUUCUACGGAAGCCUAUACGUCGGUGACGUAUCCAGUGCACGAAUCCAGCCGGCAGUGAGAAUAUUGAAACAGAACCUCACUCUUUUGUGUGCAAUCGUCACAGAACGGGCUCAACGUCUUGCAAUAAAAGAAGUAAUGAAGGCUUCUUUCGAGGCGUUCCUUAUGGUCUUGCUGGCAGGGGGCAGCACAAGGUUGUUCUCCCGGUUGGAUCAUCCCAUGAUCGAGGAGGAUUUUGAGAGCUUGAAACGAGUGUUCUGCACGUGUGCAGAAGGCCUAAUCGUCGAGGACACGAUUGAAGUAGAGGCCGAGGUGGUGGAAGGUGUGGUGGCACUAAUGGGGCAGACUACUGAGCAGUUGGUGGAGGAUUUCAGCAGUGUGGCUAGUGACGCAUGCGGAAUAGGUGGUGUCAGCACCAGCCGGAAGCUCCCGAUGCCGCCAACGACCGGGAAGUGGAACAGGUGUGAUCCUAAUACUGUACUGAGGGUACUUUGUAGUAGGAAUGAUCGGGUGGCUAGUCACUUCCUCAAGAAAACAUUUCAGUUGGCAAAGAGGAGGCCUACCAUCAAGAUGAUUUGAACAAUUUUUAUUCUUGAAUGUGAUAUUUUACAAUAAUAUAUGGAACUUAUGUAUGUAAUGGAAUUCGAGAGAAAAUGUAGAAAACAUUGAUUGCCUAAUUUAUUAACAUAUUUUUCAUGUACUUUUCUGUAGUGGGAAUCCAAAAAAAAAAAAGGAGAGAGACUGGGACAUAUGUUUGUUUGCUAUGUUUUUACCUUAUUCCUGGUAUUAAUACUGUUGGUGGGACUGGAAAUUUGAGUAGGAUUUUUAGGAGUUUGAUCUACUUGUACAAAUUUGGACAUUAAUAUAAUACUAUGUAUGUACUUGCUAUGGA